AGGUAACAGGCACAGUUAGGGCAAAACGUUGUGAGUAAAAAUGUAGAAAUAAUUUGGUCUUAUAAUUAGGUAGUAUAAAGAUUCGAAAUUUAGGUGAUUGACAUUAAAAAAUUAAGCUUGUUUUGAGGGCUACAACACUAACUUGUGAUGCGAAAUGCAUCUUGGUUGUUGGACAAUGGUUUUCUUUGCGUUGGUCUAUAAUGUGCUUGGCCAAAACCAUAGAACGGUUCUGACGGUUCAGUCCAUACUAAAUACAAACAACACAUCUUGUGGAAACGGAUCGUUUAGCUGUGCCAAUGGUAACUGUAUACACGCCAGAUUUGUUUGUGACCACCAUAAUGAUUGUGGAGACAAAAGCGACGAAAGAGGAUGUCGGAUACGUUUAAAUACAUGUUGGCCAUGGCAAAGUAAAUGCAACAGUAAUAGAACUUGCUCGAGGGGUUAUUUUCAGUGUAGAAACGGGAAGUGUAUUGCAUUCGGUUUGGCGUGUAACCGGAAAGAUAAUUGCGGAGAUGGAUCGGACGAGAUUCGUGCACGUCCUGGUCUAAAAUGCAGCUUUGGUAAAAGGGACGAGUUGUGUGUAUUACCGCAAAUGUAUGUUGAUGAUGGUGUGACACAUUGCGAUGAUAGAGUUGACAUAUGCUUGAACGCCAGAAACCAAUCAACCUGUUUUACUUGCAUGGACAAAAUGCUCAUUAUCUCAAAUAGACAAGUGUGUGACGGCGUGUUCGAUUGCUUCGACUUAUCUGACGAAUGUCUUUGCGAAAUGCCCCAAAUACCGGACGUAUGUGACAACAUAUGCACCAGGCGUAAGGGUCGUUGCAAACGGGGGACAUUUCAAUGCGGUGAUGCAUUAAAUGUUACUGUAAACUUUAAAAAAGUUUGUGACAGGAGAAUUGACUGCCCUAAUGGUCGCGACGAACAGUAUUGCCGAAUGGGGACACAUCAGACCCGAGUAGUAGCAUGUCCAGCGGACCCAAAGAAUAUGACAAUAAAAACAGCGAAUCUAUGCGACGGCAAACCAGAAUGUUACGACCUCAGUGACGAAUGUGGGGGUGUUUGCAGCAUCGAGCAGGCGUUUUGCAAAUUCCAAAAUAUCUUUCUAAAUCAGUCUGAUUCGCUCGUGUACAGAUGCGGAAAUGGAUACCCACUCACAACACAGGAUAUUUGCGAUGGAACUUGGUCCAAAUGUCAACCUAGAGUCGAACACGAGGAGUCUCAAUGCGACGGACGACAUUUCUGUGGUGGUAGGAACAUUAACUCAUCUAGAUUAAUAAGUUAUGACAAGGCGUUGGUCUGUGACGGAUACCGAGACUGUGCAGAUGGCUCUGAUGAAUGGUAUUGCCCUCAACGAUUCAACUGCACUUCUAGUAUAAAGCCAAGUUCAGUUCCACGAACUUUUACCUUCGACGACUUCAACGAUUGUGUCGAUGGUAGCGAUGAAUGUCCUCCAUAUCUCGACUGGAACUGGUUAUCUUCCCGUAACGAAAUGAUCAGCGUUAUUUUCUUCAGAGUAUGGGUCUGGAUUAUGGCAGUUAUGGCUCUGUUGGGUAAUGGAUACGUCAUCGCGAAAACAUGCCAGCGCGCUAAAAAGCUUUUGAAAGCAUCAGCCGUUGCUAAAGCAAACCACUUUCUUGUCUUCAACCUAGCUGUUUCCGAUUUCCUAAUGGGAGUAUACCUGAUAUGCAUAGCUAUUUACAGCGCGGUGUUCUCUGGUCGAUACUGCUAUGAGGAUGAGAAAUGGCGAACCGGAUCUUCCUGUCAGUUCCUAGGUGGGCUCUCAGUGGUUGCUAGCGAGGCGUCAGUUCUUAUAUUAGCUGUUAUGACGUGCGUGAGACUGUACUCCGUUUUUAUGCCUUUUCGAUCAAGAAACUUGAAGUUUUGGACCGUAAGUAUAUGCGUUAUGAUUGUAUGGGGUCUAUCAGUUUGUCUUGCAGUUCUCCCCAUGUAUGCUCUCACUGUGAUAGACGGGGCAUGGCUACCAAGCAAGUUUUUCAAUUCGACCAUCGUUCCAAUAAAAAGUGCUCAGAAUUUUAUGGAUCGGAUGGAAGUGUACGUUUUAAACUACUCAGAAAAUGCGACACGUUCCAAUGGAACUGUACAAUGGUCUACCAUCCAAACCUUCCUAAACGUCCACAGUCCAAAAAAUAGAAUCAUGGGCUUGUAUGGCUAUUAUUCGUCGAGCAGUGUUUGCAUAUCCAGACUGUUCGUGACUCCUUUGCAACAAGGUUGGAGAAUUUCCAUCACAAUAGUUUCAAUAAACUUUUUCGUGUUCGUCUUUAUUGCAUUGGCGUAUCUGGCAAUAUACAAAAGAGCAAAACAACAGCCUCGCAAGAACGACACCGACCGGUCUGUUAAAAUGCAGAGCAAGAUAUUUCGGCUAGUAACCACAGAUUUUUUCUGCUGGGUGCCUAUCUGCAUCAUGGCGUUCAUUCAUUUCGCACGAGUUGCAAAUCUUGACGGUACAGCGUACGUUAUAGUCGCAGUUGUUCUUAUGCCAAUCAACAGUGUUUUAAAUCCCUUGUUGUAUUCCAACGCUCUUGACAAUCUGCUAAAAAAGACGUUAUUGGCUUGGAGAGCAUCUAGACAGAAAGCUGCCUUGCUUCAAGGUGAAAUGUUUCAACGUUUUAAACUUCAGGAGUCUGCCGGGACAUCUGACAAGGCAGAAUCGGACAAUCAACCUGAAUCAAUUCACGCCACCCCUGUGAGAACUGCUGACUCAAAAUUAUAGGCACAUAUUACCAGAUUAAAGUUGCAGUUUUUAAAAGCUAUUUUUGUUAUAAAAACUCUUUUUUUACUUUUACGGUAUACAGUAUUGCUGGGUAGGAUGGGAUACCUAAUUAAAUCCCAUGUUUCCGGAUCGUAUUUUAAACAAUUAUUAAUGUUGUUUAGACAUGCGUGAUACGGUUAUAUCAAUCUGUAACUUUUUAUAUAUUUACUACCAAAUGGUAACAGAAGAGAAUAAAAAUAUAACCCAUCUUACCCCACCAUAUUAAAGAUAACAGCAACAUAAAGUAACAAAAUAACGUAGACGAAUGGUAAUGUCACCCGAAUAUAAAUAUAUUUCUUAUUUUUGUGGUUUUAACAUAUCGUGUUAAAAAAACUAUUUUCAUAUAAAGACGACCAUUCUGAUAUUUUGUCCGGGAUUUCAAUCGUUAAGACCUUUACAUCUGGCGUGUGGUUUUCAGUCACACUGCAGCUUAAAGCAAUAAGUGCCACGUGGAAACUACAAACUAUUAUUUGAUUGGUUCAUUGAUUUGAUUACACUUUAAUCGACUCGUUGUG